CAACCUAUUGGCUCUUACAUUUAAAACUGAAGUAUUUUUGUCUGUAACAAGACUAGCCAAAACUAUCUAGAUUGUGAGAAGGGCCAAAAGAACUGGCACAGUGCUACCAUGUAAAACAGUGCCUAACAAAGAUCAAGUAGAAAGCACAAACAAAGUGACAAGAAACAGUGCUUCACUCCAAACGUUUGUGCUGGUUGCUACUCGAAAUGGCUCCGUCGAUCCCACUCCAUCUCAUCCAGCACAUAUAAAAGCCUGUUUCGCGAGCAUGGAGCUCAUCGAGAAGAACCACAAUGAAGAACACUACGCGUGUUCAUGUUGUAGUUCAACUCGUAUUCAUCUUCGUUUUUGCGGGAUGGAUCUUCAACUGGAUCAUGCUGCCAACGCAAGCUUGGUAUAAGUUCUGGGGUCUCAUUCUUGACAAGAACGACUCCAGGGCCUAUGGAGAAUCCGCUUUCUUCGGCAGCAUCUACAUGAAAUACAUCAAGAUGUUAAGCAGUGGAUUGAAGGAUCCCUGUAAGAUCACGAUGACAACUUCACAAAGUCAAGUUUUUGAUCGAAAUACCUUCGGUUUUUUUUUUCUUUAUAGGUGGCUCAGAAGAUGUGAAAUCAUUGGAUACGAGCUUGGUUAUGCUGGACUCGUCCCGUUCGCUUUCCUGUUCUUCCCAGUCGCAAGAACCUCCUCAAUUCUCCACUUGGUGAACAUUCCUUUCGAGCAUUCCGUCAAGUACCACAUCUGGGUAGCAAACAUUACUUUGGUUCUCUGGACGGGUCACUCCGUUGCUUAUCUCAUUCUCUGGAUUCUUCUCGUCAAAAUAAGCAUACCUCUGACGAGCUCGCAUGGUUUUUGGUUUUUACUCUUCAAGUUUAUCAACCAAGGUGGAAGGUUCGACCUCGCUGGAAUCGGAGCCUCGGUGGCCUUCGCCACAAGCCUUAUCAUGUGGAUCACUGCAAUAAAACCCGUGAGAAAUCGCAAAUUCGAGAUGUUCUUCUACACGCACCAGCUCUACAUCGUCUUCAUCUUUAGCUUCGCCGUCCACGCUGGAGAUCGAGGCCUGGAGACAAUAGCGGCUGGUAUGGUCCUGUUCUUCGUUGAUAGACUCCUCAGGUACCUCCAGUCGCGGAGGCAUGUUGAUAUGGUUUCUGCAAAGCUAAUAUCCUCGGACAUGAUGGAGCUAGCCUUUGCAAAAGAUCCAAGUUUGCGAUAUCCAGCCUCGAGCAUUAUGUUUCUCAACAUCCCAGCAGUGUCUAAGCUCCAGUGGCAUCCUUUCACAGUGACCACCAACUCAAACGUGGACGACUACAAGAUCUCCGUGGUCAUCAAAUCCAAAGGAUCCUGGACAAAGAAACUCAGGAACUACGUGACCAACCCCAAGAACUAUCACGUCGACGCGAUCAUCGAAGGCCCCUAUGGACACAGCUUAGACUACCUGAUCGACUACUCAAUCCUGGUGUUCGUCGCUGGAGGCAGUGGGAUCACACCCUUCAUCCCAAUUCUCAAGGAGGUGUUCUUCCAGAUCCAAACCGGCCAGAGACCACUUCCGGAAAAGAUCGAGCUCAUCUGGACUUUACGAAACUCGGACGAGCUCAGUGUUUUAGAAUCAGUGUCACCCUGGUCGAUCUGUCCAGACUUUUCCUAUCUGCUCAAUCUCCAAAUCCACGCAUACCUCACAAGACAAGACGCCACGGACCUCAAGAACAAGCCAUCCAACUCUCACGAGACAAUCCUCUUCACAGGAACGCAAUACGAGAAGUACCUCACGCACAAGAAACCAAAGUUUAAGGCAGUCACAGGCACGCAAAGCUACGCUCUCCACGCAGCAGUGAUCCUGGCAAGUUUCGGAGGAUACUUACUUCUCUCGGGAGUGAUCCGGCGAUUCAUCGUGUUCCCGCUGGAUCACAACGUCUAUCACAUCUACAACAAGCCUUCCGCGGGGACGAUCGCGCUGCUCGAGUACUUGGCGGCGGUGGUGGUGUUUGGAGGGAGCACGGCGGUGGCGUGGACGUGGUGGAAGGAGAGGAGGAUUGGAGCGGUGAUGGGGAUGAAAAUGGAGCUCCCAUUCGUGGUGGAGGAGGAUCCAGUGAUGCUCACGGAUGUGCAUUUUGGAUGCCGGCCAGACUAUCCAGGUGAGUGGAAGAAUUUCUUCUCGAUUGAUCACUUACGAGAGGAAUUUGUGGGAUUCCAGAGAUCUUCUUCGAGCACGCGAGGAGGCGGAGGAAGGGCGUGAGCGUCGGCGUGA